AUGCCUGCAUUCUUCGAACUCUUGAGGUGGAGUUUCGAGGUUUGCCUGGCAGGCAAAUGGCCAGCCAGAGAUUGGCGAGGAAUCAGGUAUCCCCCAGGCACACCCGAAGCUCGUCGAAGCGGCUCGCUGUUGUGUGGUGGUUACUGCGGGGUGCUGGUGCAGCUGAACGGGGACUUGGACUACUAUGCCAAGUGGUUGGAAACCCCCCGGCGGUCAAACCAUCUCAAGCCAUGCUCUUUGUGCAAAGCUACCUUUCGUGGCAGCACGAGCUGGCUUGACAAUAGGCCUGGGUCGGCCUGGCAGGGGACUUGCCUAACCACGGCGAACUGGCGAAGCCACUGGUCUCCCAACAAUCCCAUCUUCCGACUGCCUGGCCUCAGCGGGCUCUCCUGCAGCAUGGACUUGAUGCACAACCUCUACUUGGGGUGGUUGCAGUACUUCUAUGGAAGUACCAUGGUAGUCCUGGUGGAAGAUUGCUUGCCAGAUUCCCCGGUCCAGAACUUGCUGUACAUCAGCAACUUCAUCAAAGAGUACCAGAAAGCCGAGAAGAGGCAGUUCAAGCAAAGGCUGCAGAAGCUGACGAUGAUCCAGCCCAAGAAAGGCUACCCCAAGCUGCGAGGCCGGGCGGCGGACAUCCAGAGCUUGCACGGAGCCCUUCUCGAGCUUUGGACUCAGAAGAUGGACCGGGCGAACACACAGCAUCGGCAGAUCCGUUUGUUCUUGGAUCUGAACCACCAGCUGCAGAACCUCCUGGACGAGUUUUCGCCUACCUUUGGUUUCGUCUCG